GUCAUAAGUCUGUCGAAUCGGGCAAUUAGGGCUCAGAAAUGUGAAUUUCCCAAUUUCCCUCCAUUUUCAGACAAUGCCGAAGAAUUCUCCAUUCGAGCUUCAGGAUUUCACCACUUUACAGAUUCAACAAUCUCAUUCUCUGUUCUUCUGAUGCAAUCGGAGCUGUGGGAAAUGGCAUUUAGAUCAUCAAUGGCGAAGUUCUCGUUGUUUUCUUAUUCUCCGUCGCAAUCUCUCCGUUUUCAGCAUUCUUUAUUCACCUGUACUACUCCGCCGGUGAGAAUUUUCCGCUGCUGUUCCAUUGCUACCGCUGCUGAUGUUAAGAACAAGGCAAAGAAGGAGAAGAAGAAGAAUUCGAAGAAUCUCAAGGCGAGUACCUCCGUUUCGAAAUCAUCGGAAUCUUCUUCUUUAUCUUCGAAGUUAGCUUUGGUGAAGGAGAAAAGGAGGACUCGGUCCACUAAGAAGUUUGAUGAGAACGCUAUCCAGGUGGGCGACACCGCGGCUCACAUCCCGGUGAUGCUUGCGGAAGUAUUGGACGUAUUCUCUGGUUCAUCUGGAAGGCCGCUACGCUCCUUUGUAGAUUGCACCGUCGGUGCCGGUGGGCAUUCCUCAGCGAUAAUUCAAGCUCAUGCAGAGUUAAAAUUUUACAUGGGAAUGGAUGUCGAUCCAAUUGCACUAGACAAGGCUCAAGAUCGGAUUAGUGCUUUAUUCAGUGAGGAUUCUGAUUUGAAAGCAUAUAUAGUUCUGAAGAACUUUAAAUAUGUGAAAUCACUACUGGCUGAUUCAGAUGAGAAACCUUUAGAUCCUGGAGUUGAUGGAAUUUUGAUGGAUUUGGGAAUGUCAUCCAUGCAGGUGGACGAUCCUGAAAGAGGAUUUGGGGUCCUUGGUGAUGGACCUCUUGAUAUGCGAAUGGAUCCUCAGGCAAGUCUAAAAGCAGAGGACAUUUUAAACAGUUGGCCGGAAAUAGAAGUGGGCCGUAUAUUACGGGUUUAUGGAGAAGAAAGCAACUGGUAUUCUCUCCAGAAUAAAAUCGUAAAAGCUCGAUCACAGGGUGGGUUGCAUUCGACCGCUGAAUUAGUUGAUCUUAUCCGGAAAUCCACUCUAGGGUUAAAAGGCGGAAGACAAGGUUGGAUAAAGACAGCAACCAGGGUAUUCCAAGCUCUGAGGAUUGCUGUUAAUGAUGAACUGAAUGUAUUAGAAGACACCUUGUAUACAUGUUUCGACUGCCUCGCUCCCGGCGGUCGGCUUGCAGUCAUCUCCUUCCACAGUUUGGAGGAUAGGGUUGUGAAACAAACAUUUCUGGACAUCAUUAACCCCAAAACACAAGGAGAUGAACAUGAAGAAGACAUCACAAAGAUUGUUGAAGAAAAUGAAGGAUGGAUUAAGCAAACUGUUAUUGGUUCAAAAGGUACAGUCCUCACGAAAAGACCGAUUACUCCAUCGGAAGAGGAAGAGAGAUUGAAUCGACGUUCUAGAAGUGCUAAGCUCAGGGUGAUUCAAAAAAAAAAUGUCAUGUGCUGAUGGAAAACCAAUGAAGUAUUCUAUAACAAAGUAUGAUUGGGAGCACACUGCAAGGUUAGUACCAUAUACAAUGCUAUAAUUCCAUGUCCUCUUCAUGAACUGCUAAUUUCAUUUUAUCUGGAUUUUGUUUCAGUUCUUUUCAAAACUGUUUAUUAUUUAAGAAUGUGAAGAGGAUCAUACGAUCUUCGUUUCAUCUUUA